AUGGUCUCCUUCGCCAGGAGGCCCACGAUAAACGAGGGGCAUGGCGAUAGCUCUGAUGCCCGUCGCUCCGCGUUCCGCGAAGAACAAUUCCACCGUCUACGCAAGAUUAAGAAGAAGCUAGAUAAGUUCUACAUGACCACCCAGUUCGACGAUAAUAUGCUGGGGGCAGUCUCCAUCAUACGAGGCUCGCCUUUCAACAUCGACGACGACGAUCCCAUUGACCUUGAUCGGCGCUUCUUCCUCCGUGGCCCUGUCGAGGAUAUGGAAGAUGGAAUCGAGGUCAUCAACGAGACUGAUUUCACGGAAUACUGCAGGCGGCCCCAAUUUCAACCUAUCGAUGAUGACCUCAGACGCGAAGAAGACCAGAAGUACGCCGACGCCCCUCAUUACGCUCGUCUGAAUCUCUAUGACAGUCGGCUGCAAAGUGAUGAGAGAGAGGGUGCACAUCGUGGUUUUUUUGUGAGCGAGCAGCCCAGGUAUAUCCAAGAGUCCAAGAGGCCAUCUUUCUUCAACGUCUGGUUCUCACGCCAGACCGGUCAGCCAUGCGCGGACUUUUGGCGCAGCGGUGAAUACUACGCGUGGCAUCCUGGCUCAGAUGAGAUGGAUUCCCUGCACCCCAGUGUCCCGCAUGCAGUUGCGACAGUCUACGACUCAUCGCGUCCACGCCUCCAAGGGAUGCUUCGUAGCGAACUCCGAGUCGCGGUUUAUCUUCUCAAGGAGCAGAUACGCAAGACCAGCGUCUAUAUCGACCACUGCAUCUGUCCUGUCUUGGUCUUCAGUUUCCAUGGUCGAUUUUCCGCUCGUAUCACACAGGCGUAUUUUGAGAAUGGCAACGUUAUUGUUCGACCGUCACGUCUCGUCAACAUUGACACACCAGAUAUUUCCUCGGAAGUACGACUCAUCAUCCGAUGGCUGAACAGCAGACCCGUCGGCGACACACAUUCCCCCACACCAAAAUCCGAGCAACGCAGCGGCCUUGUCUCUACUCCAGUGGGAGAUACAGAGACGAGAAGCAUGGCAUUACUGACAAUUGAUGAUCAGUAG